AUGUUCAACUGCAGGCUUAGAGCGAAGGAAAAUUGGGUUCCCUGUGAAGUUCGUCUCUUAACGGAUGAUGUAGACACUUUUCUUUGCAUAAAAUCCCGUGCAGUGGGACUUGGUCAGACGGAAGAGGACUUGAAAAGCAUUUUUUCGGGACUUUCCGCUACCGGAACCAUUUCGAGCUCAAACGCUUCGCCUCAGCCUCCGUCGGGUGGGCAGGUUCCACGUUCGUUCACAGCCCUCUGCAACCUCUCAGAGUACAAGUCUUGUACUGUUGUGACAGUGUCAGUAAACGAAACAGGACAUUUUGCACUGAAACUUGUGCCCGCUGGCAUUUUCGGGAAUAAACGCCUUUAUCUCGCAAUGUCAAGCGAGACAGAAGCGACUACGUGGAUGUCAAUGAUCAAGGCAGGUCUUGGAAAAAAGAAGAAAUCAUCCAGGAACCCUUUGACACAAUCGCGAGACUCACUGUCGGGGGCUCUUCGGACGUCCAGCAGUCAGGACACCCUUCGUGCAGAUCCGACUACAAACUCUGAUGGUCGAUAUGACCUUGACAUCGACACAAUCGAUAACGAGGUGUAUGAGCCUUGCUCAUCACAGGAUCUCAUACCAGCAGUUGUGCAGCAGCGUGGGGACUGGGAUAAGCUGCGUCUGUCAAAGUUGGAUUGUUUCCUUCGCCUUUCCGAUGAUCGUUUGGAGUUACUCGAUAGCAACGGUGAACGCGUCCUCCAUUGGUUUCCGUAUCUACUUAUUCGACGUUUCGGUGCUGUGGGAGGCGUUCUGCGUGUUGAUGCUGGUCGUAGAUGCUCCACCGGAGACGGACACUUCUUCUUCACCUGUUCCCCCAAUAACGGCCAACCGGUGGAUGCCAUCGUCUCGCAGAUUCGCCAGCUUGCUCUUGAGGCGAAACAGCGUUUGCGCCAAGAGCAAGCAGCACGACAGCAUCUUCAACAGAAUCGCCAUAGUUUUACCUCUGAGACAGCGAGUUCAGGAGCUACCAGCAUGCGCCCUCCUCCUAUUCCUGCGAAAGGUUCCGCAGACUCCGGAAGCGGAAGUGCCAAAUCCCUGACUAAACUGAGCGAAAGGAGUCCUAGUCCAAAGAAUACAUCCAAAAGCUCCAGCAAUGACGCUGGCGGUAACUUUAAGAGAGCUUUAUCCACCCCAGCAAGACAGCAGGUGGAAGAAGCACUUGAGAAAAUUUUACCUCAAAAGGAGGAAGUACAGCAAUGUUAUACACCAAACAGUACAAUGGGUUCAGGCGUCUCUUCCCUAAGGGCUUCUGAAAGGGUCAAUGAAGAAAAAAACGGAGUAUUUAUUGCAUCACCGGCAAGAGCGAGUAUGGUUGAUCUCAAAGCCAGUGGGCAGUCAACAGCGACGCAAAAUGGAGAUUCGCACCAGUCAGGUCUUUAUGACAACGUUCCGCCUUCAGAGGGAGAAAAAGUCACAGAACAGACACCAUUGCGUAAAUAUCAAGGCACAACGCCGUCGAGUCGACAGGCGUUCGGCAGCGCGAGCGAGCGUCUUCGCAACGCCAAUGACUCUCUGCGAGCCACUGGCAGAGGCCGGGACAGCUGGCACUUGGGUGGGACCACGCGGCUGACGCGGUCCGACAACAGAGCGGAGGAACAGGACUUGCCGCCCGCACCCCCACCACCGCUCGGCUUCAGAAACGAAGUGGAAAGCGAGAAGCAACGAAAUGGCACGGCAACUGAGGCCACUCCCCCGGCGGUAGCACCUAAACCCGCCAUCCACCCACAUCCCUCGUUUGAUCCCAGUGGUUAUGGCCAAGGAUCCUCCAAAUUCAGCUGGCUGUCUCCAAUGCCUUCUAUUCGAAAUUACCGGGCCUACCAUGAGACGAGUAGCGAACAGCCCGAAAUAGAGUUUUCAGCCAUUCGCCAAGCGUGUAAGCAGAAACCGGCACAAACGAAGACGCUCUCGUUUGGUUCUGGUGUCUAUGAGACCGAGGAGAAGUCGCCAGGUGAGCACCUUUUGCGCCCGAGCAUGAAAGGCCUGGACGACGUGCUGCAGGAGUUACGCAAUGCCAACGAAAACGUCACAUCCGCAGUCCAAGCUGCAGAAAGACAGAGAAGAGCCCACGGUUUGACCACACCCAGCCACCAUGCAAUCUCGAAAACCAACGUUGGUCCUGCGUGGACAAUGAAGCGUGAAGCUUGA